CCCUAUUCCUGAGCUCGUGAAGAGUAUCGACACGCCACUUGGGAGUUUCGUGGUCUUCAAGCGCCUUCCGGAAGAUCUUGUGGAAUUGAGAAGAAAAAAAAUUUCAAUUCCUUUGUCACGGCGUGGAUACUAGGGCUGUUCUCAUCUUAAAAAUAUAUGGUCAACUUGUUUCUUUAAGUUUUCAUAAAGCUACAGCCAGCAUUAAAAGAAAGCGGUUUUAUAAAGGUGGCAUAAAAUGAAAAGUACGUGGACGAUGUCGUACAAGAACAGCUGAUAGCCGCUCCAACUUUUCGCGUUCCAAAGCAGACUUGGGCACGAUGGCGCCCAUUGACCCGCUGCAGUUGCUGAAGGCGCUGUCUCCGCUUCUUUCGGCCGAAGGGGGCAUCCGCAGUUCGGACGAGGUAUCGAGGUUGUCUAGUUUGAUGAAGAAGUUCUCGCGGAAGCUGGUGAGCCGAUGCAUCUACUGCAACGUGCUGCGAGCCACCUCGUCCGACAUCCUGGAGGUGUUCUUGGACCUGGACGGAUGGUCCACAAUCCACAUGUGGCUGCAGGAAGCCAAGACUGCCGACAACCGGCCAUUCCUUCUGGAGCUGCUCAAGCUGUGCCAGGUCCUUCCCAUGUCCUUGGAGCGGCUGAAAGAGAACAGCAGCCCCAAGCUGAUCAAGGGACUGACCAAGUGUUCGAGCGAAGAGGUGCGGCUCAUGGCCGAGAAGGUGGUCACUGGCUGGAUGAAACUCAUCAAGGGAGACUCGAAAGAGGCCGUCAAGCCUGUCAAGGACACUGCCGAACCGGGCGCCAAGAAGAAGAAGAAGUCCCCAGUCGGUGCGCCGGCUGCCCCUCUCAAGGGUGCGCUCAAGCGGGAGCGCUCGAAAGGCUCGCAAGACGAGAGCCCCCAGGAGCAGAUUGCCCCCAAGGGUAACACCACCCCCGUGCAUCCGUCCACGAGGACGGGGCCGGCCGGCAAGGACAGCCCGCCCACGCCCAGGGAGAGCCCCGUUGCACCCAAGAAACCCAAGGCACAGGACCGCCCGAAGACUGUGAAAACUUUCCAGACGCGCUUCCGGUCGACCGGCCUUGAGGAGUCGCCGCUGCCGCCUCCGGUCAAGGCGGGAGCCAAGAAGGUGGUGCGCCCCGCCGUGGACAAGAACGCCCUGCUGUCUGCGCGGCAGCGGCUGGCGCCCACUGUUCACGCGGAGCGCCGGGUGAAGCCCUCCAGUCUCGUGUCGAUGGGUGGGGAUGGCAAGGAGGCCGCGGGGCCGGGCAUCCGGCUGAUUGCACCCAAGCCAGUGCAUGUUCUGCAGGAGGAUGGCGGGUUCAUGGACGCGCUGACGGCCGUGCCCGUUGUGCCCGCCGUGCCGGGGAAGCGGAAGCGCAAGAACUCGGCUGCUGGCGGUAGUCCCGCAACGCCGACCAAUGCCAAGGAGAAGGGCGCCACACCGCCGACGAGCAAUUCCCCCACGAGCCCGCCGCCCGUUGCUCCCAAGUUCCAAUUUUAUAAGGACACCUUGGAGACUGGGGAAGGGGCAGAGGCGGCAGAAGAGGAGGAGGACAUCGGGAAGAGGGUGAAGAGGAGGAAGAGAGGGCAGGCAAAGGAGGGGAAAGAGGAGGCGUCUGAAAAGGAAGGGGCGGAAGAGAGUGCAGCGUCGCCCGAGGGGGACUCGCCUCCGACUCCGACGGGGGAGGAAGAGGAGGGCACUGCCGAGAAGGAGGAGGAGAUGGUGGAGAAGAAGGAGGAAGAGGUAGAGGUGGGAGCGGGAGAUGCCAGUGCGGGGUCGGACAAGCCGGCGUCGGACAGGCCUGCGUCGAUCCUCUCUAUGACGAGGAAGAAGACAAAGAAGACGGUGCGGUGGGUGGAGGAGAGCAAGCUCAAGCAGUUCCACUUCUUCGACCUGGACGAGACAGAGAGGGUGAAUGUAAACAACAUGCAGAACUUUGGGGACCUGAAGACACUGGAGAUGAAGCGGGAGCGGCAGGUGGUGGAGACCGCCCGGCGCAUGAUGGGGGACCGGAUGGAGGAGGCACUGCCCUACCGGAUGCCCCGGCUGCUGGAGCGCCCCGAGCCCUUGGCUGAGCCGGGCAGCGGCAGCCACGAGAAGGAGGUGCAGAAGCUCAGGCAGCAGAAGACCCUGCAGGAGAUCUACUUCUCCAAAGACAUGAUUCCGGACUCUCCUUACGAACCCGACGCAGAACAGGUGUCCGGUCAGGAGCCGAAGCAGAUUCCGCUCGAAGACGAGAACAGCCCGAGCGCCACGCUGGACUACUCCAACAUGGAGGUCCCCAAAGCAAGCAGCCUACCCUCGAUCCUCUCAAACCUGGUCCUUUCGAUUGCGUCCAAGACCCAGGGCGGGCCCCAGGGGCCGCCGCAGCAGGGCGGCCAGGCACCCCAGGGGCACAUGAUGCCUGGGGGCCACGUGCGCAUGCCGGGACAACAGCACCACCAGGGCCCCAUGCCGGGGCAGAUGCAGGGCCAGAUGCCGCCGCAGUCGAUGAUGCCGGACAUGCAGGGUCCCCCAAUGCACAUGGGCGGCGGCGGCGGGAACCUCCUCGGGGGAGACCCCCAGUGCCAGAAUGGGCCGCCCAACUUCAUGCACCCCAACAACAUGCAGGGUCAGGGUAUGAACAUGAUGGGUCCACCUGUGUCAAUGUCAGGGGGUGGUGGCUUCCCCAACAUGGGCAUGCCCAUGGGCCACGGAGGAGGCAACGGAGGCGGCGGCGGUGACUGGGGCAUGAUGCCCCCCAUGGGGGCGGAGGGCGACUUCUUCAGGGGCCCACCACCGGGCAUGGGCGGUGGCGGACCCCCCAUGGGCAUGGGAGGGGGUGCCCCGCCCCCCCCGAUGGGCUCUGCCGUCCAGCACAUGAUGGACAUGGCACGGGGAAACAUGCCCCCGCAUGGCGGAGGACGCAAUUCGAGGAUGAGAACUCCCAGGGUACCCUGCAAAUACUACAUGACGUCAACCUGCAGAUUCGGAACCUCGUGUUCCUUCCUGCAUCCGGGCGUCAAUGGACCUCCGCUGCAAUAGCAAUCAGCGUGCCAACUGCAGAUGUGUACAGGAAAAAAAGGACUAUGGAAACGGUGCAGCAGCGUCUCCGUGCAUUUGCAAAACUCGAACGGUGGUGUGCAAACGUGUACAGGAAGCAAGAGACUGUGGAAUCUUUUCUACAAUGUUGUGCAUCUCCAGUGCUUGGCAGCUCCAUGUAAAUAAGGUCACACGCAUCCAGCGCUCGAAGAGGAGGACUGCGCUCUCUAUUUAUUGACAGUUUUGUGUUUCUUUUUUCAAUCCGGUGUCUGGGUGUAACCCAAAAUCUUUUUUUUUUUUUUUUU